ACCCGGCCCAUCCAUCCAUCUACUUGGACAAACUGACUUCACCUCGCCAAGCAGACAAGACAGACACCUUCUCUAAGCUACUGGAUACGAGGACCUGCCGGACGGCAAAUGGAUAUACUAUUGCUGAUCGGUUUUUUGGGCCUCGAGUUGUUCUGGGGACCAUGUCUGGCUCAUCUUUCUGUUCUUCCACCUUCAAAGGAUAUCAGUCAUGGAACCCAAUACCGUUUUCAAUACUUCGUACGAGAUGAACGCGGUGAUUACAAAACUCAGGAGGAAGCUGGAGAAGGAGGGAACGCUAGGGGAAGUUACGCGGUCGAAGAGCCGGAUGGAAAUUUGAGAAUUGUUCAAUAUACUGCAGAUUUGGGUGGCGGUUUCAAAGCGCACAUCAAAGUAGACCACGCAGGAAAAUCACCUUCGAAACUUCAGGAAAUCGACAUCCCUGCCGAAGAAAUGCGGAAGUUGAUAGAGAAAAACCGGAAGAAAUCUGAAGGAAUGCAGGAGAUACUGGAAGCGCAGUCCUCAAAAAGUUACGUCUUAGGACCUCCGAGAAGAAUGUCGGAUAUUGUCAUGGAGCAGGCAGCGGCAAUCAGAGAAAUCAUCUCGAAGGAACUAGAAGCCGAAGAAAAACUGGAGGCCGAAGAAAGAUUGAAGAAAGAAAAUGUCGAGGAGCCAAGUCAAUCAAACGCUGGACGCGAUGAGGUGGACUGUGGGAAAGUGGAAGUCCAUAACAAAUCACAAAUUAUCGAAGACGACGCAUCCUCGCACUCUCCGAAUGGCACCACCUUGGGAAAUAAUUUAGAAAAGACUUCAACAGAACAAACUUUGACUUCACCGUCGAAUACGAGAGGUAGGACGGCAAAGUCGAGGAAAGUCGAAAAAGAAAAUGCAGGAGUCGAAGUGCUUAAUUCGGCGUUGGAGUUGUUGCGAAAUUCUCAAAUCCUGAAUAAAUACUCUGCCAGCCCGAAAAUCGCGAAGAAUAAUCAACCCUUGAACGGAAACGAGCAGUCACCAGUGGUCCGCGUUGCACUAAAUCCGAAAAAUCUCGAGAACUCUAGAUCAUUUCAACAGAAUCCGAGUGUCGCAGGAUUACAAUCUUCGCAAAAUCAUCCAGGUCGCGAUUUUCACACUGUCACAUCGAACCUAGAAUCGACAGGUCCUCCAUCAGGAGGUCCCGUUCAAAACUUCAGUUUCAGAAAUCGGAUUAUGUUCUACAAGCCUGCUGAGAGAAAAUCGAAUCCCACUGAGGACCCAAGUAUACCACAAGAAAUACCCGAGGAUUCCGAAGGGGUCCAGAAACCUAACGUUUUGCGCCUUGUGAGUUUGGGAAAGGAUGUUCAGAACUAUUCUGAAGAUAAAACUAAUCAGGAACAGAUUGUAAUUUACUCGCCGUACCAGCAAUCGGAUGGUCAAUUAGAAAAUCGUAAAAGCAGGUACAUUACUGUACCCUAUGAGGUACUUCGGCCUUAUUUAACUUCUUUGCAUGAGCAGAAAGAAGAGAUUAGCAAGUGACAAUAAAAUUGGACCGUGAUUUCUCAGUUAUUAUCGUCAUAAUUUGAUGCACGCAAAUUAAAAUUUCGUGAAUAUUAAUUAAAUCAGAUUUGCACGAUUAUUAUAACUUAUACGUCGUUUAUGUCAAAAUUACACGUGUCGUAUGUAUGAAUUUGUGAUCGUUCUAGUUGCUAAGUUUUUUUUUGUUUUUUAUAAGGCAUGCGUUUGUAUUAUAUUUAUAUUAUAUCGUCAUAGUUUUAACUCACAUGAUUAUAUCAAUUUUAUAUAGACUCAUAUUCAGGAUGUAGGAAAGAAAUACUGACAUUUAUGAUAAGAUAGUGUUAAGAUUGGCAUUGAUUAUUUUCACAAGAAGAAUGAAAUUGUACUUUUUAAGCUCCUUGUGACGAUUUGUAUUCCAGAUUUUGUUCUUUUGAAAUAUGUGCGUGUCUAGACUGAGUAAAAUUUAGCCCUAAGCAUUUUAUAAUGAGUUCAUUUGAAGAGGGUGAAGGUUUUGGUAAAUGGGUCGGUGCCACGUGCAAUUCUAUAUUAAUACUAAUCACGGUGGUUCGUAAGUGCCGCCUGAUACGUCAGCGCACAACCUGCUGUGUCAACGACUAACGUUCUUUAGUGAACAAUUGCCAGCAACAAUUAUCCAGUAAUUAGAUGUAUGAAAUCGACUAAUAAAUCCCCUCAUUGAAGAGGCAUUCAACAAAUUA